CAGCCGGGCUGAAGGACAAGAUGGCCAGUGGCAAGCGAAGCUUUUUGCGAGCAACCCCUGUCUACGCACCUUUUGCGCUUCCCACCUAAAGAUCAAUAUUGCAAGAGUCUUGAGAUGUCUGAAACACAGAAGAAUUUUGUUUCACAUCUCUCUGAAGAUAUACAAGCGCAGGACAGUUUAUACGCGAUGCCACAACCAGACUUUCACCAUUUAAGUAAGACAUCAUGUACUGUGCUCCCAGCAGCAGGAAAUCAUGAACAAGAAAAGUUUAAGCAGACAACCGACAGCCCCAUGCAAUUAUCUGAAGAUACACAAAUAAGCAAGACUUUAAAAAAUAAUAUUGAAGAUGACUGCCGGUUACUAAGUCAAGCAACUAAGGCAGAUCCCCAAUGGAAAAAUAAGAGAUCAGUUGUUGAAAAGGGAUAUCCAUCUAGUAAAAAGAAAUUAAUAAGUUUGCAACUGCAUGAAGUAGAUGGUAAAAAAGAGGAUGUUUUCAGGUCAGCAAUAGCUCCUGUUGCAGGUACGGUUAAAGGUUUAUGUAUGACAAGAAGGCCUGAACCACCUCCUAAACCUAGUUCUUUGAAACCCAUUAGUACAAGGAAGUCUCCAACACCUGAAUCAUCUGCUCUUGUUUCUGAACAAGCUGGUAAAGUUUCUGCUUCCAGCCUAAGAUUACAUGGUAGUAAUGUCAAAAUUGACUAUGACGUUAGUGAAAAAGGUAAUGUUCCUUCAGACACAGCUGAACAAAGUAAUAAAAAGAAAUGUCUCAAAAAAUUCAUUUCUCCAACAAAACAAACAUCAGAUGACGCAAGUGUCCAUUUUGAUAAAGAAGGUGGCACUCAUUCCAUUCAUUCCCAAGGCUUGAGGUCUGCUUCCGAACUGCUGGAAGAAGCUAAAUAUCUCGCAAUGUCAGACACACCAAAAAUAUAUGAAAGAAACUUCCAACUGAGCAAGCCUGAGCAGUCCCUGACCGCAGCCCAACAAACAUUUACAGCUAAGGCAAAAUCUGUAGAUGAAAUCAUUGCUUCACUGUGGUCUGUGAGACAAACCACCUCCCAGUCUGCUUCAGAUCUAAAGAUCAAAGGACUGUUAGACAGAGUGCUUGGUUACAGUUAUAGCAGUAAAAGUGAGGAGGCUCCAGAAGUAACAACUGUGUAUAAAGAAGAAGAUAAUGUAAUAAAUUCACAAUCUGAGUGUGUAAUGAAAACCACACAAUCUGAGGAUAAUGUGAUAAUUCCACAAUCUGAAGAGGAAGUAUUAAUGGAAGAUUUUCAUCAGAUGGCUGAAAAACAGAUUGAAGAGGAGAUUAUGGAAUCUCUUACAGAAAUUGGUCAUAAGGUCAAACUGCAAGAAGAAGCCACAAAGGAUUUGGAUGACACUUUAUUAAAUGCAGUUAGUUUUCCAGCACCCAAAGGUGUAACUGCAUCUAUUUAUGAAGAGGAGGCGUUUUUAAAACAGAGUGUCUUUGAAAUUACAGAGAGUUUUCAGGAUACUCUAACUAAUGAAGAAGCACUGAGGAUUCUUGCAUUACCUACAGAGGUUACAUAUUCUGAUAUAGUUAAUGCUAAAGGGAGUGCAUUUGGAUCAUUGAACAAGUCUGCUGGAGACCAGCAAAUGCAUGUUGAUGAGAAUGAGAAUCUUCUGAAACAGACUUCAGUGCUAGCCACAUGGACUCCAAAAAACAAAGAUCAAGGAUAUCAGACAAUCCAUCAUCUUUGUGUUGCUGAACCUAGUCACCUAUUGCCCACUGAUUUGCAACAUGCUUCAAGGCUUUAUUUUACUCCAAGCAGACUAGGACAUGGCAGUAGUAAACUUCCAGAGUUCGUGCAGCAAGUGGAAUCAGAUAUUUGUUCAGAUGAUGACUUUUCUUCCCUGGAGCAACAGAAAAUAACAAGAUAUGUUUAUGAAGGAAUUCCUGUAUCAGAGGUGAUUCAGGAAAAUUUCCAGGAUAGUAUUAAGUUAUUACCACCACUUUCACCAGAAUAUUUGUAUGAAUGGCAAAGGAUUGCAGAAUAUUACGUGGAGAGACCUAGAAUGAUACUUUUGGGAAAAUCGAUGAAAAUCCACAAAGAUGCAACAAAGCUGUUUUGGACACCAGCAUUUCCCAAGUUUGCAGUUCCUAUUUCAUAUAUACAGGAAAUCCUAUACCCAAAGUUGCAAAUGGAAUUGGAUCAAGAGAAUCCUUGUGACUUCCAUAUGAAUCAGGAUGAUGAUUAUGACAUUGAAGAAGAACAGGAAUAUUUGGAAGAUAAAGCUGCUCUGCUAAGAACAGUGCUGAAAAAGCAUAAAUCAGUGCCAGAUCUACGACCAUUUUCAUUUUAUUCUUCUGACACAUUUAGAAACGGUGACUUUAAGGCAAUACUUCCUGCUCAUCAACUUGAAACAAGGGACAAUGAAUUUCUGCUUACAAAUUUGAACGAGACUAAUGACAAACCUUUGAUGCACAUGUAUAAGUCUUCACCAAAUCUCUGUGUUUAUAAUGACAGGAAGACAUUGAAAAUAUCGAGUCCUUUUCAUCAAACCAUUAAUGAGAUUGAAUACCAGAGAGAUCAACUAUUAGAGGCUUCAUUGAAUAGAAUUCAAGAACAUACACUUUCACAAGCAAAUUCAGAAGAUUUGAUUCAAUUGCAGGUUUCCAAAUCAAAAAGCAAUAUAUCCUUAAGCAAGCAAGUUCCAAUUGUGAAUAUUAAAAAUUUUGUUGAAACAAAUAUUGAAGAAAAAACAACUCAUCAAAAAAAAGUUAAAGCAUAUAUGAGAAAACCUGUACUACCUCGGAAGUUAGCUUUUGUUUCCAAUGCACUUUCAAAGCCUCCAAGCAUUCUCACAAGGUCUGCAUCUUUGCCAUCAAGGAUUUGUUUGAAUGGGAUCAAUGGGAAAACACCUCAGCCUAUUAAACUCAAGCGGAAGUACAGUCUUCCUUCCUUAAUUAACUUUGAAGCAUUUGUAAAAACACAAGGAGGAAUUGCUGAAGGAACUCCUGUUAGAGAGUGGGUCAGAGAUGUAUGGAACAAGUGGUUUGAUGAGGUCUUCCCACCUUUGAAACCACCCAGAAAAACAGUUACUGAUCAAAAUGAUAGACCCCUGCAUUACAAAGGAAAUGACUCUCAGCCUGUAAUGGCCAACUUGGGAGAAAUACAUUUGCAGAACUUGCUGUUACCAACUGAAUCAGAAAAAACAGAAGUGUAUCCUUUGUAUUCUGAGGUCUCUACAUUUGAAGACACUCAGGCUGCCUUGCUUUCUGAAGUUAACAAACUUAUAAACCUCAUAAAUGUAAAAGGUGGAUCAACUGCUUUUAAUUACUGUCGGCGAGGAGCUUUGUAUAGAAAAUUAGGACAGCUGCAGUUAGCCAUGGACGAUUUAAAUAAGGCAAUUCAAUUAGAACCAAUGCUACUUGAUGCUUAUUGGCACAGACAUUUCAUUUAUCUUCUACAAAUGAAAACAUCUGAUGCAUUAGAUGAUCUAAAUUUUGUACUUAAACACAAUAAAAGUCACGCAGAUGCUUACACGUCAAAGGGAGAUAUAUAUAGAAAAAAAGGGGACAUUACAAUGGCAAUCAUAAAUUAUUCUCAAGGACUCAAGUGCAGACCUGAUGAUGAUGUUUAUUUUCGAAGAGCUGAGAUGUAUGAAGCCAGUAAUGAUCUACUUCUGGCUAUGGAAGAUUAUCGCUUGGCUUUUAUCUUAAACCCCAGAAGAACAGAUGCUAUGAUGAGACAUGGCCAAUAUUAUUUUAAGAAUUCUAGCUGGCCUAUAGCAAUUAAAGAUUUUACAGAAUUAAUUGAAGAGGAGCCUAACAAUUCUCAAGCAAGGAAUUAUCGUGGACAAGCCUAUGCUAAGCUAGGAUUGUUCAGAGAAGCAGUUUUGGACAUGUCUGUUGCUAUUCAUUUGAAACCUAACAACUGGGUGGCUUUCUAUCACAGAGCCUGCCUAUUACGAAAGGUUCAUCCACAUAAAGCUCUACAGGACUUCAGUAUUUCAGUGCUUAUCAAUAAUGAUGUUGAGAAUUUGAAUUCAUUUUUACAUCGUGGAAUUUUGUACACUGAGCUUAGUCAGUGGAAAGCAGCAAUAUGGGACUUCAAAUAUGCACUCAAGCUUGACAGAGCCGUUUGUUUAGCUCAUAUAAAUCUUGGGCUUAUUUUCCUCUUACAAAUGAAUCACUAUUAUGAAGCAAUCCGCAGAUUUACAGAUGCCUUAAAAGUUGAGCCAACUUCCACAAAAGCAUAUGUAUGUCGUGCAGAGGCGCACCAUAAGGUACAUAAUCUGAGAAAUGCUUUGAAAGAUAUAACAUGCGCCAUCCACCUUCAACCUCAAACACAGAAACUGUACCUCUUAAGAGGUCAAUAUCUACUUGAAAUGAAAAAACUUGAACUUGCAAGCUUUUGUAUCCAAUAUACCGCUGAAAUCAAUCAAGGUACAUUUUUCUAUAAUGAUCAUGUCAUUAAAAUUACUUCAUUUGUAUUAUCACCCAAUUACCUGCCCCUGCAAGCUAGGGGUGACUACCUCCCUGUAGCUCCUGUCUAUCACCUCCUUAUUCUCCCGUAUGAGUUGAAGAUCAUCAAGCUGCAGCCCCCUCUUGACACUUCACCAGUUCAACAAGCUACAGUACAAACCUUUUUAAAAAAUUAUGACAAAGCUGUAGAUAGUUUGGAAGGACUUGAAAAAUCACCUUCAAUUUUGACCUUACUUGGAAAAACUAAAAUGAAAGCUGGCAAACAUCAGGAAGCCCUGAUCAACUUUCAGAAAGCUUUGGAUAUUGAAUUUGAAAGAUCUGAAACACAAGUUAUAAACCCAUCAAUGGAACUUGCAGAAUUAUAUUAUCUCAUAGGUUGCUGCUAUUCUGAACUGGAUAAACUGACAAAGGCAGUGGAUUCAUUUGAUAAGGCAUUGAAAACGUACCCAAAAUUUGCUAAAGCAUAUUAUCACCGUGGCCUGUGCAGAAUGAAGCUUCAUGAAAUUAAUUGCAUCUAUGACUUUCACAGAGCACUUGCAAUCAACCCUCGACUUUUUGAGGUCUACCUAAGUCGAGCUGUGUACUACGCAAUGCAGCGACGCUACCUUAAGGGUAUUCUAAGCUGCAAUGAAGCACUGAAGCUUCAGCCCCGGAGUGUAAGAGCCUUUCUUUGUAGAGGAGCACUGAAAUAUUGUGCUAAGGUAUAUCACUUGGCAAUUACUGACCUGACUACAGCAAUAAACAUUAAUGAGACCUGCAUCUUGGGUUACUUUAACAGAGCUGUUUGUUAUCAGCAAGCAAAUGAUCUUCAAAAGGCACUAAAAGACUAUGGAAUAGUCCAGCUUCUUGGGAGCAGAAAGAAAUUGAAUUUGAAAGUAUUAAUUAAUCGUGGUCUCCUAUAUUUGAGAAUGGAAGAUUACUACAAUGCAUCACAGGAUUUUAAAGCAGCAAUUGUAGAAGACCCUAAAAAUCCUUUCAUUCAUCAUGCAGUGGCAAUCUGCUAUCAUAAACUCCAUUAUUUAGAAGACGCUGUAAACUAUUUCAACCAAGCUGUGAAUUUGGAUCCAUUUUUUGUGGAUGCAUAUUAUGGACGUGGAAAUGUAUAUAUGGAUUCUGGUCAUCCAGCUGGAAUAAAGCAAGCACAGAAAGAUUUUGUUCGAGCACUUCAUUUAAAUCCUAAAUGUGUGAAAGCCAGACUCAAUCUGGGAUACAAUUUACAGGUACUAGGUAAAUUUCAGAAAGCCUGGAAUCACUUUGCAAUUGCAAUUGAUAUAGACCCAAAAUUUCAGGAUGCAUAUGAAGGUCGAGCAGUAAUCAGCCUUCAAAUGAACAAUACAUCUGGAGCAUUACAGGACAUCAAUGCUGCGUUGAAGAUCUACAACUCUGCGAAGUUGCUUACAAAUCGUGGUGUGAUUAGCCAGUUUAUGGGAGAUCUAUCCAAUGCUAUGAGUGACUAUAAGAGAGCAAUAGCUCUCAAUCCAAGCUAUUCACUGGCUUAUUUUAAUGCAGCCAAUCUUUAUCUCUACAACAGUCAAUUUCAACAGGCUCAUAACCACUACACUAAGGCAAUCGAUCUGCAACCUAGAGACGAGUCUGCUUUGCUGAAUCGAGCAAUUUGCUGUGUUAUGCUUAGGCAUGUCAAAGAGGCACUGGAGGACUUUGAACAAGCUAUUAACCUUAGUCCUUACUCAGCUCACAUAUACUUUAACAGAGCAAACCUAUAUGCCACACUAAAGCAGUACCAGGAAGCUGAGAAAGAUUAUUCACAAGCACUACAACUAAAACCAGGUGAUGCUCUAUUUUACAAACUCCGUGCGGAUGUUCGAGGCCAUUUGGGUUUGAUUGAUCAUGCUAUUACUGAUUACAAAAUAGCUAUAGGCAUCCAAGAAGAUAGGUAAACAGGAUAUCUAUUGUUUUAUGAUUAGUACAAAGAUGCUUUAUAUUAAGGAGUUACAAAAACACUGAAUAAAAGUGAACAAAAUUUUUAACAGAUUUCUUUUGGAAGUGUACAAAUGCUUUAGUUCUGAUGACAUAAAUGAAAUUAACAUCAUAUAAGGCAACAUCUGCUCGUAAGUAUUUCACAGCAAUGUUUGAAAUUAUGGUAAUUGUUAGAUUACAUAAUGUACAUCCUAUUGUUAAAAAACGUAAAUGUAAAAUAAUUUAAUUUCGUCAUGUGGUUUCAUUUUCUCACUCAGAUAGAUAUUCCUUGAAUUGUUAAACUGCUUAUUUUCUUCCUUGAUAUGAACAUAAAUUGUGACCAAUAAAAAAAUUAAUGAGUUUUGUGAUGA